AUGACAGACUCCCCCGCAGUCCACGCUCCUCUCGACCCGAAAGAACAACCCAUACUUGAUCGUGUGCUCCACCUUCGAGAUGAGCUAUCGUUGCUGAAGCAAGACAAGUCGACGUACAUCAAGUCUUACGAUGUCAUUUCUCUCUACGACCAAGUGAUUGAGCAGGUCCAUGCGCUCAAUACUGUACGUGAGGAGCACGGCAAGCCUCUGGAACAAAACAGAGUCGACAACGUAUUAGAGGAUUGCUUUCAAUUAAUAUCUCUCUUUUUUUUGACCGUAGGACGCAACAAUGAAGCUCCGGCCGUAUACUCCAUGACAUCGACCAUUAGGCGUCUUCUGGAUCAUCUCAAAGAAGCUGCAUUCUUUUCUGCUAAGGAUCUCGACUCUGCCAGUCAUACUUUAAACAAAAUGCAAGAUACUUUGCAGCGAGGCAAAGAGACUUAUUCGCCGCACCUUCUGACUUUGCUCGACAACCGUCUCAAUACCUGUCGAAACAUCCUGGCUGAUUUGCAAGCUUCCUUGGCUGAUCUGUCGCCUGCACUCACACCUGUUCACGAAAGAUUGGUCUCUAUUUUACGCUCGAUCUCCGCGGCCAACACUCGCCAAAAGUUCCCAGCAGCAGAAGUUGAGGGUUUCCGAGAACAACUGAAAGAGAUUCGAGGUACUAUGGUCGAUGGCAAGUUCCUCGCCGAAGAUAGUACUGCGCCAGCCGGCCAGGCUAUCGUAGCCGAGCUUCUGGAUCGUUGCUUUCUUUGGUCAGGCAUCGUGCUCACCAGGAAGGGCAAAAUAGAUGAGCGAUUCAAAAUGACAUAUGACAAAUUAUACGAUAUCCGCAACCAGCUUGAAAGACUGUCUCUGACACAAGCCUGGUCUUUACGAGAGACUGACCUCUAUAACUACCAGCGUCAGUUAGACAGGGUCGACGAAUCUCGGAUUAAUGGGAAUUUCGAAGACUUGACUGGGUACAAAGCUGACCUCCAUGCACAAAGGACGCUGCUCUAUCUUCUUCGUCGUAGUUAUGCGUACAUCUACAGUCUCAUCAUUUCCUCUGAACCAGUCUCCGAGGCGCUUCUGCCUGUUUUCAAUCAAUUGCAGACACUUCGUCGAUGCUUGGUAGAGGUCAAGCGAUCUGGUGGCGUUUCUUCGGCAAGGGAGCUUUACCCAUACAGCAUGAAGUUGAAUUCGAUCGACAAUAUGCGCGUUGAUGGCAAAUUCUUAGUGGGUUCAGACAUACCCGAAGGGCAAGGCAGUGUGAAUGCAUUGCUUGCUGAAUGUUUCGACAUAGCAUAUGAAUUAAGAGUCCAGGCUGAAGAAAGUGACUCGGAGUGA